AUGUUACUAAUACUACUACUAAUACUACUCCUUGCAUUGGUAGUAGCGAUCCUUCUCUUUGGAGACUCGCCAAACUUCAGAAAUACUCCCAUCCAGUCAUUUCAUCAUUUCUUACUUCGAACGAAUGCCUCGAUUUCUCGCCGAAUCAUGGCGAACGACCAGAUUUAUGCUGCCCUAAGAUGGCUGGUGCCGCUAUUCUACGUUAUGGUUGUCUUGUUCUGUCUUUUCGAGUUUUUUUCCUGGGUAUAUCCAGCAUUAGACUCUGAUAUCUUGAAUUCUCAACUUCAUUCAGCUUAUAUUGCAUUCACCAUCGCCAGUGUAUUUCUUUCCACGGCUUUGGUCACGUUUUCGGAUCCAGGAACAGUGAAUUCUGCCAAUGUUGCCGCUGCUUGUGCUAAAUUCAAAGAUAACGGCCUCAUUUUCUUUGGCAAAACAUGCUCAACAUGUCACACACACAAACCGGCAAGAUCCAAGCAUUGCUCCGUGUGUAAUAGGUGUGUACUUUUAUUUGACCAUCAUUGCAUCUGGUUCAAUAACUGUAUUGGAUACAAUAACUACCGUUGGUUCAUCGCAUUCUUGCUUUCGAACAUCAAUAUGAUGGUUUAUGGAGCGUACUUAUGCUGGUUGGAGUUGAGACAGCUGAAUGCACCAAAUGGCUGGUGGAAGCUCAUUGUUGCCACCACGGAGAAUAAUCGAAUAUCCGGCAUUUUGCUUCUUUUGGCCUCCAUAAUAUCUGUCAUCACCUCACUUUUCACUUGCCUCCACUUACGAUACUUGUAUUUAGGAGUCACCACCAAUGAGGCGGAAAAAUGGGGUGAGAUCGAGCAUCUAGUAUCUUUGGGCGUCCUAUUCUAUGUCGUAGAAAGAGAUAUCUAUGUGGAAGAGGCAUCAAUGAGGCAAGCAGAUGGAACAUAUGAGGUGGUUUACCUUCGUUUAAAUGAUGACCAAGUCGUAUUCAAGGGAAAGGGGGACUUGACAUUUUUGAAGAUCACGCUGAUGGAGAAUGAUUUGAAUAAUAUUUAUGAUGGAGGGUUUGUCAAUAAUGUGAAAGAGAGGAUAUUUAUAUAG